AUGAGUAAAUAAAAUACGAGACGAGAGUUAUAUUUGGUUCCUUCGUCAAAUUCUUUCCUUUCUUUUGUGCACAACACCGGUUUCCAUAGCCAGACCAGAGGAUUUCAGUUUCCCUAGGGUUCUUGUACGGAUUUUCCAUUGCAAUAAGCUUGGUUAGUUCAGGGUUUUUCAAUUGGUGCAUAGUUGCUUACUCUAUUUGAAUUGUCAGUUUUCAAGCGAGAUAAUAAUGUCCGGAAGAAAUCGUGGACCACCUCUUCCAAUGAAAGGAGUUUCUCAUUCUGGACUACCCUCUACCGUUCACGAGCCUCCAUUUGGAAGAGGACUUGGUCCAGUGCCCCAUCCUGCCUUAUUUGAGGAGAUGCGAGAAUCCCAGUUUGGGAUGGGUCCCAGAUCCCUCCCUCCUCACCCUGCAAUUAUUGAGGAACGUCUUGCAGCUCAACAUCAAGACAUUCAAGGUCUUCUAAUUGAUAAUCAGAGGCUAGCGGCAACUCAUGUUGCGCUGAAGCAGGAAUUAGAAGCUACCCAACAUGAGCUGCAACGCAUGGCUCAUAUUGCUGAUUCAGUGCGAGUCGAGAAAGAUGUCCAAAUGCAAGAUUUGAUUGAUAAGUCUGUACGUUUGGAAGUGGAUCUUCGUGGGGUGGAGGCAAUGCGGGCUGAGCUUCACCAAGUUCACUCUGAUAUUAAGGAUCUCACUGCUGCAAGGCAGGAGCUUACAGGCAAUGUACAAGCAAUGACUCAAGAUUUGGCUAGGAUAACUGCUGAUCUGCAGCAGGCUCCAUCUUUGAGGGCGGAAAUUGAAGCUAUGAAACAAGAGCUGCAGCGUGCGAGAGCUGCCAUUGAGUAUGAGAAGAAAGGAUAUGCAGAGAAUUAUGAGCAUGGUCAAGUGAUGGAGAAGAAGUUGAUCUCAAUGGCUAGGGAGUUGGAGAAGCUUCGUGCCAGUGCUGAUAAGAGAGCACGCGCUGCUGUUGCUGUCGGUAAUCAAGGUUAUGCUGCAAAUUAUGGCAAUCCUGAAGCAAUGGGAUAUGCAGGAAAUCAUUAUCCUGUCAACUAUGGCAUGAAUCCUGGGCAAGGUGGUGCUGAAAGUUAUCCACCAUAUGGAGCCAUACCUGCUUCAUGGGGCCAAUAUGAUAUGCAACGAGCUCAAGGACACAUGAACUAGCUUUCCUCAUUAUGCGCUGCAACUGGUAUCUUGGGCUGCCACAUAUUAGAUAUUUGGAUUUGUACUUGAAGGUUAAUUUAUAAUAGACAUUUGUGGACAUAUGAUUUUGUUUUGAGUUAUAAAACUGUAUUUUAAGAUAUCUCAAUCAUAUCAGCUAGAUGGUGCAUUAUAUUC